CGGUUGGUGCCACCAGGUGCCCCUGGCUCCUGACUGGGAGCUCGGAGACCGGCUCCGCUGCUUGGCGACGAGCCUGGCGGGAGCUUCGCGCGGUUAGAUAGAACACGCCGAGAGGCUCCUGAAUCGGCAGGCGCCAGCGGCCAUGGCGGAGGGAGACGGCCUCAUUUCAGUGGACUACGAAGUGUUCGGGAAAGUCCAAGGGGUGUUUUUCCGCAAAAACACACAGACCGAAGGAAAGAAGUUGGGUGUCGUUGGCUGGGUGCAGAAUACUGACUAUGGCACUGUGCAAGGCCAAAUCCAAGGUCCUACUGUCAAGGUGCGACAACUUCAAGAAUGGCUUCAGAAGACAGGAAGCCCCAAGUCCCGCAUCGACAGAGCUGAAUUCCGCAAUGAGAAGAAGAUUGCUCGUUUAGAGCAUAGUGACUUUUGUAUUGUCAAAUAAUAGUGACCCAGGGGGAAAGCACUAUAUUUAUAGUAAGAGCAAUAAGCUCAUUGGGAAGAAAGCGCUCCCUUUAGUUUUUAUAUUAAUUGUUUAUGUACAGAUUUAUUCACUUUUAACUAUAUAUUUAAAUUAUUUAUUUACAUUGUGAUUACAUUGGUUACACUGAAUGUUCUAAGAACUUGAUGUGUUAAGAGUUGUUAAUAAAGUGUAUGCUUAGGUUUGUU